ACUUUGUUCUGGCUUUUCCGGUUCCUUCUGCUUUUCCAAUAAAUCCACACAAAGGUUCAAAAAUUUGCCUCAAAUUCGUAUCUCUUCGUAACUUAUUCGGUUAACUUCGGGUAUCCUCGUGCACUCCUCGGUGCUCCAUCGUCCUUCCGAUGAGAAAAAACAUAAACAUUAAUCAGCUGUUUUUGUUUUGCUUUGUCCCUUUAAAUGGCAAUUAAAGUUUAAAAGUCCACACAAUUGACAAAGAUUUCAGGUAAAAACAGCCAGAAAAAAGAUUUCUCAUCAGUCAUGUCCUUGUACUACAUCCUUAUUCCGGUGGGAGUUGGAGCUGCUUUGUAUGUGGUGCGGAAACUCCGUGAGCGUCACUUUGGCUGGGUGAGGAAUGCAUCGAGCUUGAAGGAUCGUAUCUUUGUGAUAACUGGAGCAAAUACCGGGUUGGGCUAUGAGACAGCGAGGGCCCUUGUUCAGCGACAUGCCACCGUCAUCUUUGCCUGUAGGAACAUGCAAAAAGCCCAGGAGGCCAUUGAUAGCAUCCGCAAGGAGACGGAGAAUGGGCAAAUGGUUAGUCGUGGCAAUAAACAGCCAAAUUACGAUACAUUCACCACAUCACCUCCUUCUCAGAUCCCCAUGGAGCUGGAUUUGGCAUCCUUUGACUCCAUUAAGGCUUUCGCAGCAAAGCUCAAAGCUGAAUAUCCGCACUUUGACUGCCUCAUCAACAAUGCGGGACUCGCCGUGAAGACAGAGCACUACACGAAGGAGAAUUUUGAGCUGCAUUUUGGGGUCAAUCAUUUGGGACACUUUCUCCUGACGAGCCUCCUCAGCGAUGUGAUUAAGCAGAAUAAAUCGCGUGUUGUUGUGGUGUCGUCAAAGAUGCACGAAAAGGCGUCGAUUGACUUUGAGAAUUUGGGCAAGUGGGUGCCACCAACGCCGCGAGAGCGAACAAAUCGGCACUACAAUUCAUCCAAGCUGGCAAACUUCUACUUCGCCAAGGAGCUCUACAGGAAGGGCUACGAUGCCCACGUGCUGUGUCCAGGGCUGUGUCACACAGACUUCUUCAGGGACUACAACCCAAAGUGGUAUCACUACGUCCUCUUCUCCCCAAUUGCCUGGUGGUACCUUCGUUCAGCUCGUCAAGGUGCCCAGAAUAUCAUCCAUUGCGCCACUGAUAAUGUCAAUACGGCAGAGAAGAAUCCCGGGAAUGAUUACUUGGUUGUUAACCUAAAGCAGACGAAAUCAAAAGGACAGAUCCGGGAGGAAGAUUCCGUGAGGCUUUGGACUGAGAGUGAGAAGCUCAUUGGAAGGAAUUUUGAUUAAUAUAGAAAAAAAGAUACUCUAUGAUGCCUUUUGGUGGAAAAGUCUUUACUAACUUUCUUUUUUUUAUAAACUUUUUAACUGUAAAGAAUAAAGAAAUUCUCUUUAAGCUUUCUCGUGGAAUAAAAGGUGAUUCUUGAGAGAG